AUGUCUUCCAAAGGCGUGCUCGAUGAAAAAGUAGAAGUUGAAGGUGGCGAGUACUUCAGGAUCAUGAAGUGCUUCGAUCGCAGAUGGGUAUUUGGUAUUGCGUUGUUUUUCUCAUUCUGCACAGGUGCAAUGCCAAUGGUCAUGAACGUUUUAAUGGGAAAUAUGGCUACAAUCAUGACUACUUCUGACAACUUCAUAGAUGCUGUUGUUAAAUUAAUUAUCAAAAUGGUUAUUUAUAUUUGCUGCUUCAUUGUUGUUUUCUUGAUCCAACACUUUAUUGCAGGCUAUUCUAAUCCAUUUUUUAUUUCCGAUAUCAGAAAGCACUUAUAUAAGAAACUCAUGGAAUUAGAUAUUUCAUUUUUCGAUCAGAACGAAACAGGUAUGUUACUUUCGAGAUUUACCAGUGAUUGUGCUACAUUGAACGAAAUUUACAUCACAAAGUUUGUACAGGCCUUCCAGAACUGCGUACAGGCUGUUGCAGGUAUCAUUUUGAGCUUUGUCCUCUCAUGGCGCGUCACGCUUGCAGUAUUCAUCGCAUAUCCAUUGUGUGGCUUCGUUUAUUGGUUCGGCCAAACAAAGAUUACAAAACUGUGGAGAGAUUAUAACCAAAGUACAGCUAAUGCAGGCACAAAAGCAGAGCAGGUUAUCAAUGCUUUCAGAACUGUUAAGUCCUUCGAUAACGAAAUGUACGAAGCUGACCUUUACAGAGAAUCAUUAGGAACAAUUCAGAAAGUUUUCAACAGAGCAUCUAUCGUUCAAGGCAUUGAAGAUGGUACAAUUCAUAUUAUCAUCCAUGCUAUGAUUGUUUCAUUCUUGUACUUCUCAUGCUGGAUUAUUAUCAGAAGACCAAACUGGGGAAUGGAAAACGGUGACCUUAUGUCUCUCAUGAUGUCACUUAUCUUCUCCGCUUUAGGUAUCUCUGCAACACUUGCACUUGUUGAAGAUUUCGAUCGUGCCCAAGUUUCUGCAGCCAAAAUCUUAAAGAUUCUUGAGGAACCAGUUGAAAUCAAUCAGCGUGAAGGCCAAGAACCAAAUGAACCGGUCAAGGGUAAAGUCGAGUUCAAGAACGUUUGCUUCAAGUACAAAGGAAGAGCAGAAUAUGCAGUCAAAGAUCUCAACUUCACCAUCAAUCCAGGUGAAACAGUUGCACUUAUUGGUGAGUCUGGCUGUGGCAAGUCAACAACACUUCAGUUGCUUCAGCGUUUCUACGAGAUCGAGAGUGGUGAGAUUCUUGUUGAUGGUGUCGACAUCAGGAAGUGGUCACCAAAGUACUUGCGCAAGAACAUCUCAAUUGUUCCACAAGGUCCUGUCUUGUUCACAAUGUCAAUCAAAGACAACAUCCGAUAUGCAGUUCCAGAUGCAAGUGACAAAGACAUUGCAGAUGCUGCACAGACGGGAAAUGCACAUCCAUUCAUCAUGACAUUCCCAAAGAACUACAACACACAAGUUGAACCAUCAUCACUCUCCGGUGGUCAGAAGCAACGUAUCUGCAUCUCACGUGCAAUCCUUGUUGGUGCACCAAUCUUACUUCUUGAUGAAGCCACAGCAGCACUCGACACAGAGUCCGAGAAACUUGUCCAACAGUCACUUGAAGUUGCACGUAAAGGCAAGACAGCAAUUGUUGUUGCACAUCGUCUUGCGACCGUCAUCAACGCGGACCGCAUUUUUGUUUUCAAAGAAGGUCACAUUGUCGAAGAAGGCAAGCAUGAUGAACUCAUGGCCAAGAACGGCAUUUAUGCAGAUCUUGUUCGUUUCCAACUUCAAUAA